AUUUAAAGCAUGUAUAGCGGCUCUGUUUAUAAGAAAUUUGUCAAUAGGAUUAGCUCAGAAAAACCAAAACUCAAGCUUAAGAGGAAGUUUAACACAAGUGCCAGUGGAGAAGCUUCAACUAUAAAAUUUUGCAAUAAAACCAACAAGGCUUUUCCAAAGAAACUCAUGGUAACAAGGGAAGACUUUAGGUCUGGUAACAUUGAAAAUUCUGGGAGUCAAAGCCCAGAGAAGCGGAUGAAGGCUGCUACAAUUCGUGUCAAUAAAGGUAUCACCACUUGGGAACAGUUCAAUAAGGGUAAAAAUGAUUCCAGAGAAAGCUCCAAAGUCAGUACUAUGAGAGAAGGGAAGAGCCUCACCUCGAAGUUUUCAGAAGAAGCUUCGAAAGAUCAAUUCUUCAAAAACUCAAGAGCCAAAAUAGCCAAAAGCGCAAAGAAGGGGACUAGAACCGAGUCUCAGAGUGUAUAUACUAACUUCAAGGGGCUCUACACUGAGAAGCCUGCUUGGAGGCUCAGAGUGGAUGACCCAACAAAGCAGAUACAUAAAGAUCGGAUCCGAAUGAAAGUCAGGACAGAGAAUCAGAGAAUCAGGGAAGAGAUCGGCAAGCAUCAUCCCAUCAUGCGUGAAGGAUUCGAUAUCGAAGGCUAUUACCACUACUGCUGGAGGCCAGAAGAUCCAUCUAAAUUUGUAGUUAAAUAAAAACAUGAAUUUCGAACUCAACGACCUGAAGAGAAGUAUUGCUGAAUCAACAUACAAGAAAGGACAUUCUAAGAACUUCAGUGUAAGCCAGAUGCUAGAGGAGAGCAAGUCAACCCUCCGGGUAACAGAACCUUACAUCGGAGGGGAGAAAGAGACAGGGCUAAGGAUACAUCGCCAAAGAGAUAAAUCACGUGAACUCAGUCAUCAACAGUUUCAUCGGUCUAGUAAGACCAAGUAUGCUAAGAAGGAGAGUCUUAUUUCAAAGAAGAUCUAUCAUAGGGCUAAUCUCAGUAACUCUAUUGACACAAGUUCGCUCAUGGGAACUUCUACUAUAAAAAUCUUGGACAACAGCAGAUUUGAUACCUUUGAAAAUAAGAUCUCUAAGAAUUGAAGUUUGAAUGUAAAAACAAGGCCAGUGAGUGCUUACACACAUGUGAAUAUGACUAAGAAAACUAGGAUCAUGUCAGGAUCAUCUAAGAUGAAGAACACAGGGACUAGGCCAUCAACUAGUGCAAAGGGUAGUUUUCAGCAGAAGAUUAAAUUGAAUGAGAAGGAAUCCAAUUCCUUCAGGAGAGGACACCAAAGUCCAAAGGAAGGAUCUCGAGUCCUCGAGACUCUUCCAAUGGAUAAAAUCAACUCAUCUGUGUUAGACACAGAGGACGAGUUUAAUCUAAUGGAUGAGGCCGAAGAACAACCAAGACCUAAGACAAGAGAAAAUUGGUUCAAGGAAGAUAACAAGAGCUUUUCUAGAAUCAGUGAAGAGGAGACUGUCACUGAUAAAAACUCCUACGGCCUUAGGCUCAAGCCUAAGUGUAUUAGGAAGAGGUUGAUCAGGAAAGCACUUAAGCAUGAUGUCAAGAAGCUCAUUUCUUCAUAUUUUUAA